AGCCUGGCCCAGGGGCUGCGGACCGUCCUGGGCUUGAUCCAGCGGCACCAGCAGCUCUGUGUUUUCUGGACCGUCAACUACGGCUUCGAGGACCCUGCCGUCGGGACGUUCCUGCGGGGACAGCUGGGACGACCCAGGCCUGUGAUACUGGACCCCGCUGACCCCACAUGGGACGUGGGCAGCGGCACAGCCUGGCACUGGGAUGUGCUGGCCCGGGAGGCCCAGACCUGCUACCACCACCCGUGCUUCCUGGAGGCAUCGGGGGAGGCCCGUGCAGCCCUGGGAGGGGCUGGGCCUUCCACGUGCUGGGCACUCAGAUUUGGGACACCCCGUCCUGCGAGACCCUGCCCAAGAAAUCCCUGGGGACAGCAGGAGCCUCGACGCCGUGCAUCCAAAGGCCCAGAGCAGGCAGCCCGCAGGUCCAGCCCCGGACCCCGGCGGAAGGGCCAGCGACGCCCGGCCCGCACUGGGCGUGGCCUCGGCUCUGUCUCAGGUGCCGGCCAAGGAGCUGGACCGCUUCGUCCAGGACCACUUGACGCCCAGCCCCCAGUUCCAGGAGCAGGUGAAGAGGGCCAUCGACGCCACCCUGCGCUGCCUGCGCGAGACCUGCGCCUACAAGCCCUCCAGAGUCAUCAAGGUUGCAGCUCAGAAUGAAGGACAGGCAGCCCAUACCUCUCUGCCUCCAGCCUACGCCCUGGAGCUGCUGACCAUCUUCGCCUGGGAGCAGGGCUCUAACAGUCACAGUUUCAACAUGGCCCAGGGCCUGCGGACUGUCCUGGGGCUUGUGCAGCAAUAUCAGGACCUUUGUGUGUACUGGACAGACUACUAUGGCAUCGAGGACCCAGCUCUGAGAACACACCUUCUUGGCCAGCUUAGGAAACCCAGGCCUCUAAUCCUGGAUCCUGCUGACCCCACCUGGAACGUGGGCCAGGGCAGCUGGGAGCCUUUGGCCCAGAGCGCGGCAGCCCUGGAGACCCAGGCCUGCCUUAUGGUGGGGACGGGACACCUGUGCAGCCCUGGGGACGUGCUGGUGAACAAGGCCGUCAACACCAUCUGCUCGUUCCUGCGGGAGAACUGCUUCCAGAAUUCUCCCAUCAAAGUGCUCAAGGUGGUCAAGGGUGGCUCUUCAGCCAAAGGCACCGCCCUGCGAGGCCGCUCAGACGCCGACCUGGUGGUGUUCCUCAGCUGCUUCCAGCAGUUUUCGGAGCAGGGGAAUAAGCGGGCUGAGAUCAUCUCCGAGAUCCGGGCCCAGCUGGAGGCCUGUCAGCAGAAGCAGCAGUUCGAAGUCAAGUUUGAAAUCUCCAAGUGGGAGAAUCCCCGUGUGCUGAGCUUCUCCUUGACGUCCCAGACGAUGCUGGACCACAGUGUGAACUUCGAUGUGCUGCCGGCCUUUGAUGCGCUAGGCCAGCUGGCCGCGGGCUCCAGGCCCAGCCCGCAGGUCUACGCGGACCUCAUCCGCAGCUGCCACAGCGCGGGCGAGUUCUCCACCUGCUUCACGGAGCUGCAGCGCGACUUCGUGGUGUCGCGCCCCACCAAGCUGAAGAGCCUGAUCCGGCUGGUGAAGCACUGGUACCGGCAGCUGCAGGGCCACAAGACGCCCAAGGGGAAGGGCCCCCUGCCCCCCCAGCACGGGCUGGAGCUGCUGACCGUGUACGCGUGGGAGCAGGGCAGCCGGGACCCCCAGUUCAGCAUGGCCGAGGGCUUCCGCACGGUCCUGGAGCUCAUCAGACAGUACCGCCAGCUCCGCGUCUACUGGACCGUCAACUACGGUGCCGAGGACGGGACCGUGGGGGACUUCCUGCGGCUGCAGCUUCAGAGGCCCAGACCCAUCAUCCUGGAUCCAGCGGACCCGACGGGCAACCUGGGCCACAGCGCCCGCUGGGACCUGCUGGCCAAGGAAGCCGAGGCGUGCGCGUCCGCCCUGUGCUGCGUGGACGGGGACGGCCGCGCCGUGCGGCCAUGGCCAGUACGGGUGAGGACGGGUGGAGCGCCUGGGGGAGGCGGGUGUCCCCGCCCCGUGUCCCCGGCCUCGGGCAGCCAGCGUCCCCUGCUCUGCCCUCCCAGCCCGCACUGUGAAGUCCGGCGGCGGUGGCCCCGCAGGGCGGCAGACGUGGACUCCGGAAGAGCCAGGCCUCCGCCUGCUCCCCGCCGCCCCGCCGCGGGCAUCCCUGCCUCCUGGACCCGUGCGCUGGCGUCCCGGCCCUGCGGAAGGGGCAGCGGCGGCCCCGGGGCGACGAGGGACGUCUGCCUGGCUGCGGCCCAGCGCCCGCGCGUGGCCGUCCAUGGGGUCCUUCGGGGAGGAGCUCGAGGGAGGCCCCGGCCCGCCCUGCCCCGGAUGCCCAGCAGCCCGGCCUCUGCCCGAGACCCUGCCCAGCACGCGGGGGGCUGGGAGGAGCCGCCGGGACCCUCAGGGGGCAGCCCGCUGUCCAGGCCGCCCUCUCGCUCCUCCCCGCCGGGUGCCCAGCGUGGGCGUGGGCUCCCGCCGAACCUGGAGAAAGGCGCCACCGCGCUCCCGCUGCGCAGGGGGAAUCGGAGACGGGGCGGGGGUCGGGCCGGUCGUGGCGCCAGAGUUUCGGUUCCGCGGGCGGCGCGGCCUCCGGGGCGGAGCCGCCGGCCUCCCUCUCCAUUUCCGGGCGGACGCGCAGGGCUGGGCUGGUCUCCGCGCCCACCACCCGGCGGCCGGCAGCGAGCUAUGGGCAACUGGGAGUCGCAGGUGUCCUCCGUGCCCGCCGGGCAGCUGGGCAGCUUCGUCCAGAGCCACCUGAGGCCCCCCGAGGACUGCCUGUGGCGCGUGGCGCAGACCCUGGCGGCCGUGCGCGCCGCGCUGCUGGAGGGCGACACCUUCCCGGUGGUGCGCGGCGUGGCCACGGGUGGCUCCUAUGGACGGGGCACAGUCUUGAAAGGCCACUCGGAUGGCACCCUCGUCCUGUUCCUCGAUCACCUGGCACGAUUCCAGGAUCAGAAGACGAUCCAAAAGGAGCUGCUCACGAUCAUCGAGGGGCAGCUGAAGGCCCGACUGUGCGCCCGCGGGCUGACCGAGGGGUGCGAGAUCCUGGCCGUGGGAGGCGGGCUGGCCAUCGAGGUGCUGGCCGGGCCGCAGACCGUGUCCUUCGAGGUGCUGCUGGCCUUCGACGCUCUGGGCUUCGGGGAGAAUCCCAGCCCCUGGGUCUACAGAGAUCAAAGAUCCAUGGAUGAGACGGCAGCCUGCCCCGGGGAGUUCGCGGUCUGCUUCACGGAGCUCCAGGAGAGCUUCUUCGGCGAGUACCCCAGAAAGCUGAAGGACCUGAUGCUCCUGAUGAAGUGCUGGUACCAGCAGUGCCAGAAAAGGUGGGGGGCUCCCUCCUCCCGGCCCCUGUACGCCCUGGAGCUCCUGGCCGCCUACGCCUGGGAGCAGGGCUGCGGCGCCCCGGACUUCGACCUGGCCCAGGGCCUCAGGGCCGUCUUGCGGCUGAUCCAGCAGCAGCACCAACUCUGCGUCUACUGGACGGUCAACUACGACUUCGAGGACGAGACGGUCAGGAGCGUCCUCCUGCACCAGCUCGGAUCCCAGAGGCCGGUGAUCCUGGACCCAGUGGACCCCACCAACGACGUGAGCGGACACAUCCCCUGGCCGCGUCUGAAAGAGGAGGCCGAGCUCUGGCUGUCUUCUCCCAAGCUGGGCGGCGAGGCCCCGGGGCACUCCUGGAAUGUUCUGCCCGCCCCGCUCUUCAUGACCCCCGGCCACCUUCUGGACAAGUUCAUCAAGGACUUUCUCCAGCCCAGCAAAGAUGUCCUGGAUCAGCUUGGCAGUGCGGUUGACGACAUCUGUACGUUCCUCCAAAACGACUGCUUUCGACACACAGCCACCAAGGUCCAGAGGGUGGUGCAGGGGGGAUCAGCCGCCAAAGGCACGGCCCUGAAGAACGGCUCCGACGCGGACCUCGUCGUGUUCCCCAGCACCAUCCGGAGCUACGCCUCCCAGAGGAAGGAGCGGUGCAGGAUCAUCCGGGAGAUCCGAAAGCAGCUGGAGGCCUGGCAGCAGGAGAAAAAGUUUGAAGUGACCUUCAAGAUUUCCAAAUGGAAGGCCCCCAGGGUGCUGAGCUUCUCUCUGAAAUCCAAAAACGUCAGCGAAAGCAUGGACUUUAAUGUGCUGCCCGCCUUUGACGCACUAGGUCAACUGCCUUCCGGCUCCAGGCCCAGACCCGAGGUCUACGCGGAACUCAUGGAUCUGUACAGCUCCUCCGAUCUCCCGGGUGGCGAGUUUUCUGCCUGUUUCACGGAGCUGCAGCGUGACUUCAUCCACUGCCGGCCGGCCAAGCUGAAGGGCCUGAUCCGCCUGGUGAAGCACUGGUACGCACAGUGUGAAAGGAAGACGACCUCGAAGGGCUCCCUGCCCCCCAAGUACGCCCUGGAGCUGCUCACCGUCCACGCCUGGGAGCAGGGCAGCGGGGCGGAGAGCUUCAGCACCGCCCAGGGCUUCCGGACGGUCCUGGAGCUGGUCACAAAAUACCAGCAGCUCUGCAUCUUUUGGACUGUCAAUUACGACUUCGAAGACGAGGCGAUGCGGGCCUUCCUCCUGACCCAGAUCCAGAAACCCAGGCCUGUGAUCUUGGACCCAGCGGAACCCACUGGUGACGUAGGUGGCGGGAACCGUUGGUGCUGGCAUUUUCUGGCAAAAGAAGCCAAACAGUGGCUGUCCUCACCGUGCUUCAGAGAUGGGACGGGAAACCCUGUGCAGCCGUGGAAAGUGCCAGCCAGGGUGCUCUGACGAAGUGUCUGCAGACGGCCCGCAACAGCUGCCCCUCGGGGGACUUCCCGUGGGGGCGACAGCAGCCACCUGCCCUCGUCCCUCCCCCGUCCCACCCCUGCCGCCAGCGGCCACCGGGGUCAGGGACCGCUCGGCAGUGCCCUCCCCAUGCGAGCUUUCUCAGCUCCCAUGCUGCCGACGUUCAGGGGGGGCCUUUGUGCUGGGUGGAGGGGUCGCACCAGGAGACUGGUCUCCACCCAGGAAGCGCCAGAAGCGCCCACCUCCCCAGCCAAAAAUGUCUCCAGACUUGUCACACGUCCCCUCAGGGGACGCUCGCUCUGGCUUCCGGCUCCACCCCUGUUGUGACUCCAGGGUCACGGCCCAGCGCGAGGCAGGGCAGAGGUCGCCAGGGAGGGGACAGGUGGGGGGCUGGGCAGGAGGAUGGCAAGUUCCAGGCCAGCUUAGGAGACCCCGUCUCACAAUGGAAAGGGGACGCGGCUCGGCAAGAGCAGCCGGGGGUCAGUCCCAGGCCUGGGGUGGAGGUGGACGGGACUUUAUUGGAAGCUCCGUCCAGCAAGUCCUCACACCUUCCAUUGCCUGGAAGCGUCACCUGGCUGCAGCCGUCACCCGGCCACACCCGUCCGAACCCCUCGCUGCCGAGUGUCCUGGGUGGGUCCUCCUACCUGCCCUGGGUCCUCCCCCAGCCCCCCUUCCUUCUCUAAAGCAGGAUUUCUCGACCUCGGCACUUGGGGCCGGAGAUUCUAGCCUCGGGGUCUCCCCUGUGCAGCACCCCAGCCCUCUGCCACCUGAUGCCACCUGAUGCCACCCGAUGCCACCUGAUGCCACCCAGAUGGAAAAGCUCUUUUCCUUUUUUUUUUAAUGUGGCGCUGGGGAUGGAACCAGGGCCGUGUGCACCCGGGGCAGGCCCUCUGCCAGCUGAGCCGUGUGCCCAGCCCUGUGCCGCCCAGAGGGGACAACUAAAAACGUCUCCAGACGUCACGCGUCCUCCAGGGAGGAAUCCGCCCCCGCUGCAGGGAAGUCCCCCCGCCUCCACCUGCGGGAUCGGCCCUGCUGCGGAACCUGCGCUGUUCAUAAGGACAGAGGCGUCCCGGCCAUUGUGUCGUCCCAGAUGCAGCUGCCAGCGCCUGCCUUCUGGCCCCUUCAGCCGCGGCUGUCGCUGCUCAGGGGCCUUAUCUUCCUCGCGCCUUCCUUCUGGCGGACACAGCAGAUGCCCUGGAGCUGCGGAGCCGGGUCUGUCCUGCUGUCAGUGAGAUGCUCUCGAUCCCGAGGUGACGUGCUAGAAGGAACUUCCAGAGGCCGUCUGGAGAUGGCUCUUAAAGAAUCCGUUCCCCAGGCUCCCUCCUGCCCUGCUGGCCUCCGCCUCUCCUUCCCUCGCUGCUUGGACUCUGCUGGAAAUGGAGACCGGAAGCCCUUCCCUGCCUCCCGCCGGGCUGAAGGCCCACGAUGCACAUGACCCGCCUUUAUCUCACCUGGCUUCCUGUCCGCUCGGCUUCUGCUCACCGCUCUGCAUGUUUCCCCUCUGUUCCUCCCGUUCCUCCAAGUCUCAAGGACCCUCCCCGCAUCCCCAGAGUGAAGCUCUUCUGUCCCCUGGUGCCGGUCAUUCUGAGCUCUUCUCUCACCCUCCCAGCUCCGCCAGCCCUGUCCUUCGGUGGUCAGCCUCCCCAGAGCUGCUCCUUUUCCCUGGUCCCUGCCUGUCUUCCCACCCGCCCAGGAGACAAUAAGGAAUACCCCUGGCCUUUGUACCCAGUGACCAGCACAGAACUUUAAAACCCACAGGAUUUCCUGAGUGCCUUUUGCAUUCAUAACCGUCCCUCCACCAUCCCUGGAUUUAAGCUAAGAAGGUGACUCAUAGCCAGCCUGGAUGGCACACCCCUGCAACCCCAGUGACUAGGGAGGCUGAGGCAGGAGGAUGGAAAGUUCAAGGCCAGCCUCUUAGCAAGGACCUUUCUCAAAAAAUAGAAAGGGCUGGGGGUAUAACUCGGUGGUAGCGACUCCUGGGUUCAGUCCCCAGAACUGUAGAAAGAAAGGGGGGGAUUCCUCAUGGGCCCUUGGAGCGCGUGGCGUGGCGAGAGACUGGCCGAGCCGCGGAGACCUCGCACAUGAUUGAAGGGCUGGAGCUUUCCGUAGCCCCGAUCUGCAGGAAGGAGAGGGGACUGGGAUUGAGCUCCGUCGUGUGGCCGAUGAUUUAACCAAUCAUGCCCAAAUAAUGGGAUCCAAUAAAAACCUCUGGAACUUCCCAGUAGGCGAACAUUGCAAUGUAUCGGGAAGGUGGCCCGUCCCAACGCCGAGGCCACAGAAGCACCUGAGCUCAGCGCCACCUGGACUUGAUGCAUCGCUAUCUCUUUAUCUGGUUGUUCAUUUAUAUCGUUUAUAAUAAAGUGACCAUAAGCACAGA